AUGGGUAUUUUCAAGCGGAAGAUCACCGUUGAGGACCAUGCCGUCACAUCAGCAAUUCACUUGACUUUGCGACAGUCUCUACUUCCAAAUGCGUUGGUUAUGAUCCUCUUUUUCCUUUGGGGCUUUGCAUACGGAUUGCUGGAUGUUCUGAACUCGCAUUUCCAAACAACUCUUAAUAUCACCGCUAGCAAGUCAAGUGGUCUCCAAGCCUCAUACUUCGGUGCCUAUUUCAUCUGUCCUCUGACAGUAUCCGGCUGGAUCGCCCGCAAAUAUGGAUUUCGAGUUACCUUCAUGACUGGUCUGGCCGUGCUAGCUGUUGGAUGUCUUCUUUUCUGGCCCAGUGGCGUGAACAAGUCCUUUGGGGGAUUUUGCGGUAGCAUGUUUGUUGUUGGUGCUGGGCUAUCCACACUAGAGACCGCUGCAGACCCCUUUCUCUCGAUCUGCGGACCCCCAAAAUACAGCGAGAUUCGUCUGAAUCUAGGACAAGCCGUCCAGGGAGUGGGAACCUUUGUUGCGCCCCUUCUUGCCUCCCGCGUCUUCUUUGCAAACACCGUAGACGACAAUGCUGGGCUGAAAAAUGUCCAAUGGACAUACCUUGGGGUGGCUUGCUUUGUCGCUCUGCUUAUCAUUCUCUUCUGGUUAGUUCCUUUCCCUGAGAUCACAGAUGCGGACCAGGAAGCUCUAGAAGUGCGAAUCUCCGACCACGGUGAAACCACCGCCCCGUUCAAAAAGCAAUAUAAUCUGUUCUUCGGCGUGUGGAGCCAGUUCUGCUAUGUGGGAGCACAAGUGGCCGUCGCGGGUUAUUUUAUCAACUUUUGCAAAGAGGCUGGUAAAACAUCUGCAGAAUCAUCCGACUUGCUUGCCAUUGCGCAAGGUCUAUACGCUUUCAACCGUUUUGUGGCUACUGGCUUGAUGAUGAUGAAAGCUUUCAAGCCUCGAUAUAUGUUGACCGUAUACUUGACACUCUGUGUCGUCUUCUCGGUGGCCGCCAUAACCACAAAGGGAUUUACUUCAGUGGCGAUGAUUAUCCUUGUUCUGUGCUUUGAGUCGUGCUGCUUUGCAACUAUUUUCUCGCUAGCUCUUCGUGGCCUUGGUCGUCACACUAAGCGUGGUGGCUCUCUGCUUGUUGCGGCUAUCUCAGGUGGCAUGGUCUUCCCUCCUAUGAUGGGAGCUAUUGUGACAAACAAGAAUGCGCAUAUUGCCAUGGUGAUCCCAAUGAUGGGCUUUGUCCUCGCAUUGGCUUUCCCCAUUUACGUGAACAUCUUCAAUAAAGAUGUCAUGGACAGCCACCGGGACACUGAGAUUAAUGUCACAAUUGCCGUGGGGAAGGACAUUGCUUUGGAGGAGGGUUCUCAAAAUGAGCCUGCAUCUGCAGCAGCCGAGACAAUAGAGGACACGAGGAAAUCUUAG